CACACGGAUUCAUUCAUAUUGGACACGCGUCAGCAGUGGAGCCGAUUGUUUUGUUUCUUCAUGGCUAAGCUAAAUCAAAAGCCAAUGUUUCCGUGGACCCCAUCAGCUUAUGUCAGCUUCAAUUUGCCUUUAAAAAAAGCAACAAAGUUUUAAACGCCAUCAUAGUGCCCACUGACUGGAAAGCCAAUCCCUGUACACAUACGGUAUUUUAUACAUAAAGCAUACGGUUAUGGACGAAUACACCCUUGAACAGGUAUUUUCCAUGCCCAUGGUGGGUUCCACCAAUUUUGCCCAUAAAUAUGAGCCCCCUACGCUGCAAUUCUUCCGUUUCCUCCUCCUUCCUUCCUCCCCUCUCUAUCGAGCAAUUUCUAUAGCCAUGUUGUCCACGGUUUCGGCCACUUACCCAUUGGUUGAACCGAUGCUCGACAACCCAUUUCAGUUCUUUGAGAAUGGUUUUACGCCUUGGGACUGUUUCGGCCCCUUUCCAAGUGCUCCUCAAUCACCAAAACCUUUUGGUUCGAGUUCCGGUUCGGAUGAGUCCAACCUGUUGGACCAGAACCCUGACAAUUCAAACUCAAACUCCGGCUCCGAUGAACCAAACCCUCCGGUUUCGGUCAUAGAUGAAAGGAAACGUAGGCGGAUGGUAUCAAACCGGGAGUCGGCAAGGCGGUCUCGGAUGCGAAAACAGAAGCACAUGGACAACCUAAGGAACCAGGCGAACCGGCUUAGGGUUGAGAACCGUGAACUGACGAACCGGUUGCGGAUUGUUUUGUACCAUUGCCACAGUGUACGAACAGAAAACGACUGGCUCCGGUCUGAAUAUAGUAUGCUCCUAAAAAAGCUGUCGGAAACACGCCAAAUCUUGAUGAUGAGGCAACUCCAACAAUUCACGUCCGCAUGGCCAUGCAAUAAUAUUAUUUCUGCCACUGAAUAAAUACCUCCAUCAUUAAUCACUUAUUCAUAAGCUAUUUAAUAAUAAAAAUAAAUCAUGAAAUUAUUCACAGUUAAAACAGGAAGAAAAGGAGGCUUUAUUUCGUAGUUGCUGCUAUAAAGCAAGGAAAAACAUAAUGGAGGGGCUUUCGGUGAUUUUUGAUAAAUUAAGGGUGUUUUCCAGGGCAAAAUACUUGGCUUGUUGUCUUGUAAAAAGGAUAGUUAACUAGUGUAUGAUUAUUUUAAGCAAUAUCAUGCUCUCUUUUGCUGUUC